AUGCAUCUCCAUCUUUGUGGUUGUUCUGUUUUCUCCCGAGAAGUCUAUAGCACCCGGUGGGCAUUCCUUCCCCAGAUCUCCCUCAAGGCCCAUGCAACCAUCUUGUCCUCCGUGGCACGUACCACCCUCACUCAGGUCUUUGCCAACCCGUCAGACCAGACUUUUGAGGAGGUGCAAUACAACUUCCCUCUCUACGAUGGCGUCAGUGUGGUCGGAUUCAAGUGUCACGUUGGCACGAGAUUCCUACACAGCCAGGUGAAGGCAAAGGAUCAGGCCACCGCUGACUUCAAGCAUGCCGUCUCGAACGACCAAUCGGCCGCCCUUUUGGAAUACGGGAACGACGCCGAUGUCUUCAAGAUCCGGUUGGGUAAUGUGCGAGCCGGCGAGAAAGUCACAGUCGAUAUCACCUUUGUUGGCGACCUAAGGCAGGACGCGCAGACUGAUGGCGUUCGUUACAUGCUGCCCAACGCCAUUGCUCCUCGCUACGGAAGCACCGUGGGAGGCUCAAACGUUACUGCAGAUAUUCAAGGCAUAUCGAUUACAGUUGAUGUGUUGAUGGAUAAAGACUCCAUCAUCCGGGAGCUGCAAUCCCCAAGCCAUUCGAUCAAAGCCGCGCUGGGCCGUAUUUCUGCCUCUGACUCCACCGAUUUUGAACCAUCUCAAGCAUCCGCCACUGUGAACCUGAGCAAAGGCAAUGUCUUGCUUGAAAAGGACUUUGUUUUGCUUGCCAAAGCAGACGGUCUUGAUGAACCUCGCGCCAUGGUCGAAUCUCAUCCCGCAAUCUCUGGUCAGCGAGCAGUAAUGGCGACAUUGGUCCCCAAGUUCAACCUUCCACGAGCAAACCCUGAGAUUGUGUUUGUUCUAGACCGGAGCGGCAGCAUGAGUGACAAGAUCGAGACGCUGAAGUCUGCGCUUAAGGUUUUCCUCAAGUCACUGCCUGUCGGGAUUUGCUUCAACAUUUGCUCUUUUGGAAGCCACCAUCAGUUCCUCUGGUCAAAGAGCAGAGUCUACGAUGAUGAAAGCUUGCAGGAGGCUAUGUUUCUGGUUGAGAAGCUCGCUGCAAACUUUGGGGGCACGGAAAUGCUGCCGGCGGUGGAAGCAGUUGUGAAGAACCGCCUGGAGAGCAAGAGCUUAGAAGUUCUUCUGCUCACAGACGGACAGAUUCAUAACCAACAGGAACUAUUCAAUUUCGUCCGCCAGGAAUCUGAUAGCCGCACGGCUCCGGCUCGCUUCUUCUCCCUUGGCAUUGGCGAUGCGGCGUCUUCUGCCUUGGUUGAAGGAAUUGCAAGGAAUGGGAAUGGGAUCUCCCAAUCUGUGCUCCUGGAUGAGGAGCUUGAUCGGAAGGUUAUUCGAAUGCUCAAGGGUGCGCUGUAUCCUCACCUCUACGACUGUCGGCUCGGAGUGGAGUACGACGGUGACUCAGACAAUGAUUUCGAGAUGGUCCAGGAUUCAGAGACUGAAACACAGACGGAAGAUGAGCGGACAAAAUCAGACCCUCCCUCUAAAAAGGAGAAGCCUCAAAACCCAAUUUCCUUGUUUGAUGAGAAUUUCCAAGAGACUGAGAUGUCAGAACCAGCAACGGAACCUCUCCCAACCGUCAACCCUCCCACAAUUCUCCAAGCCCCAUACAGCAUCCCCGCUCUGUUUCCAUUUAUCAGAACCUCUGUAUACCUUCUGAUUGACCCCCAAUCACCCGAGCGAGUCCCCAAAGCCCUGACCUUUCAUGCAACCUGCGCGCAUGGCCCGCUCAAGCUGCAAAUCCCCAUCCAAGAUAUCGGAAAGGGGGAAACAAUCCACCAUAUCGCCUCACGCAAAGCCGUCAUUGAAUUGGAGGAGGGUCACGGCUGGCUCAGUGAUGCCAAAGACGCUGCCGGAAAUCCCAUCCGGCUGCUGCACCCAAACACCAGAAAGCAACUCGAGACCAGCGAGUGUCAGCGUUUGGGUCUUAAAUACCAGGUCACUGGAAAGUACUGUUCGUUCAUUGCCCUGGAGGAUGAUUUUGAUGAGUUAUCCAAGGGCCAACCGGACAAGGUCUUUGAGGUGACUGAGCGACCACAGGUCAAGGGCCCAGUCAAGAUGAGCGUUGAUAGGGUUAUGGCAUGUGCAAGGCCACAAAUGAUGCAGCAGAUGCAGCACGCAGGCCCAUUUGCUGCUUCCUCUGGUCCCCAGGCCUGUCAGCUGGACAUCGCAUCACCGCCACGUCGAUACGCCCCGCCACAUCGACGCGCUGCGCCACGUGUUGAUAUAUUGUCUGACGGUAAUUUUGACAAUGAGUUUUGUGCUGAACCAUCCAGUGGUUUUCAAACUACUUCGGACGGACCUGCUCUUUAUCAAUUUCUAGGCUGGGAAUAUUCACACCCAGCUGUUUCGGCUCAGCCUACUUCACCACAAUUUUGCGGUGGAGCAGCCAAAGCCUCUACGCCGAGCUCCAGAGGAAUGUGUGGACAGGCAAUGCACGCCGCUUCUGCUCGGCUUGCUCAACCAUUGUUUGGCGCUGCACCUGCUAAACAAAGAAGAGGCCUUACGAGUGCUCAAAAUUGUCCUCCACCGCCGCCUCCUCCUGGAGCUUCGUCAUUCUUCGGGAGCGCAAAUGCGUGGGGUGAUCAACGAUUCUCAGUACAGUCAGCAUCACCAUUCGGAAAGCCGCAGAGCUCCGCUCCCAAGUUCCCAGUUGAAAGAGCCCAUGCUAUCAUUGGACUGCAAACCUUUGAAGGAACUUGGAUAUGGUCGAAGGAGCUGUUUGCCUUACUUGACACAGACGAACACCAAAUCACGAAAUACAUGGAAGAGAAGCUGCUAGAUGGCCAAAAUAUGGUUCCACAAUCUGUCACUGGAGUGCUCAUUGCCACGCUUCUGGCGAUGGGGUUCCUCAAGAACAAGAACGCGGAUCUGAAGGGUACGUGGGAGCUUGUGUACAGCAAGGCUGAAGACUGGGUUGACCGGCAGCUGGAAGAUGUGGGAUUGUUAUUUAAUAAGACUUUUAAGGAGGCCAAGGAGGAGAUCAUGGCGCUUGCCUGA